GUUGCAUCUGUAAUUCUGCAUCUCACUUUCAGAAUUCCACCUGAAAAGCAGGCUAUAAAUCGACUGUACGUGCAUAACAUUAAUGCAGAGGCCAAAAGUCUAUGUUCUGGCCUUGGUUUGGAAAUCGUGACACUUGGGCGGAUUAUUCUGAUGCAGGUACAAGUGCCCGAGGCAAAGACAAAACAAAGGAGAGCUGCAAUAAUCCAAGCUCUUUCGUUUGCCUUCUGUGAUGCUGCAG